CGAGGACUAGGUUGAAAUUUUGCGUUUUAGUUAAAGCUGCAAAAUUCAGACCAAAAAAAAAAUAAAAGAAAAAUAAAAGCUGCGACGGGCGAGAUCGAUAACGCUUGGAGGCUUCAAGUUCUCACGUGCUUCACCCCAUAGCUUUCAUCACUGAGCUGUUUCCAACAUAUGUAUGUAGAUACUGUAUGUAUCUCCGGCUUCAAUUGUCCUCGUUGGGAUAUCCAAUUAAUUAGAUUUGAUUCCUUGAACUUGAAUUGGAUCACUCUUUGGUGCAGUGCUUAUUAAGUCUUUGUUGCGCAUAUCAACCAUCAUAGAGGACUUCCUGCUAUCAUAUUAUAAUUUGUUGCUUUCAGAGGCUUGUAUCUUAGUGAAAUGGCCAAUAACCCUCAAUUUUCAGGUCUACAGCCUCUUCGGCCUCCUAUAGUUGGUGCUGUUGAUCCUCCUCGAAGUCUGCCACCCAUGUCUUUUCAAUUCCGCCCAGUAGUUCCAACACCACAUUCGCAGGAGUUCAUUCCUGUGGCUUCUCAAAACUUUCAGCAUGCUGGCAGGGGUGCUCCAUUGAUGAAUGUUAGGCUGCCUCCCCCAAAUCACCAACCCCAGUUCUCACAACCAAUGCAGCAUCUACCUCCAAGGUCUGGUCAGCCAGGUCAUGGUAUGCCUCCAUCACAGGCAAUUCCAUUGCCAGUUGCUCAGCCUAACAGGAAUUUUGCAUCUGAGUUGCCUCUACCUCAGCCUAAUUCACAAGCUCCAAAUAACGUCAUGCCUAACUUAGGUGGCCCACGAGCAGCUGUCCCUUCAUCAUAUACUUUUGCAACUUCUUCUUAUGGUCAAAUACCAAGAAGUUUCAAUGACUCCACCCAGUAUCAGUCUAUACCUCAAUCGCAUGCAACCAGUGUUUCAUCUGAGGGACAAGUUACAUCUCUGCAGCAAGCCAGUGAAAGGCCUGCUGUAACCACCUCCAAUGCUCCAGAAACAGGUGUUCGACCUCCCCCGGCCGGAGGGACUGCAGCAGAGUGGAGAGAGCAUACAUCUGCUGAUGGAAGAAAAUUUUAUUACAACAGGAGGACAGCAUUAUCUACUUGGGAGAAGCCUUUGGAACUGAUGACACCUAUGGAGAGGGCAGAUGCAUCAACAAACUGGAAGGAGUUUACCAGUCCUGAUGGAAGAAAGUAUUACUACAACAAGGUCACCAAAGAAUCAAGAUGGACUAUGCCUGAGGAACUGAAGUUGGCUCGAGAGCUAGUAGAAAAGGCGUCUGUGAAGGAAAUACAACAGGAAAUGCUUGGUGAUUAUCAUGCCACAGUCACUGUUUCCCCCUCUGUAGCUGAAGCUGAUACUUCAAUCGGUACUGCUCAAGUAAAAUCAAGCCCUGUUUCGGUGGCACCAGUUGUUGCCACUGGUGAUAUUCAAACUGCUGUACCAUCAAGAACAUCUGCCUCACCUGUUGUGGACUCUCCUUUGAAAGAAAAUCCCAGUGAAGUUCAGACACCUGUUGCACCAUCUGCCACUGUUAUGGGAAGUACUGAAGCUGCUGUCACAAUCAACGAUGCUGCUGCAGAACCAAUGGAAAUAUCAGCUCAGGAUUUUGAUAGUUCUGCUGAUGGAGUUCCUGCUCAGGAGAAUGAGGAAGCUAAGGAUGAUGCAAUGGGAAAGAAGAUUAAUGAUAUUGCUGCUGAAGAAAAAUCAGUUGAUCGGGAACCCAUACCAUAUGAAAAUAAACUGGAGGCCAAAAAUGCAUUUAAAGCGCUCCUUGAGUCUACAAAUAUUGGUUCUGAUUGGACUUGGGAUCGGGCCAUGAGAGUGAUAAUUAAUGACAAGAGAUAUGGUGCUCUUAAAACACUUGGAGAGCGGAAGCAAGCUUUUAAUGAGUUCUUGGUACAAAGGAAAAAGCAGGAGGCUGAGGAGAGGCGUAUCAAACAGAAAAAGGCACGGGAUGAAUUCAAAACAAUGCUGGAAGAAUGCUCAGAGUUAACAUCAUCUGCAAGAUGGGGAAAAGUAGAGAGCAUAUUUGAAAAUGAUGAACGUUUCAAAGCUGUUGAACGGGAUAGAGAUCGCAGGGAGAUGUUUGAAGACUAUAUUGAGGAACUCCAAAAGAAAGAACGAGCAAAAGCACAGGAGGAACGUAAGCGCAAUGUAUUGGAAUACAGGAGAUUCUUGGAAUCUUGUGAUUUCAUCAAGGCAAACAUCCAGUGGAGAAAAGUUCAAGAUCGUUUAGAGGCUGAUGAAAGAUGUUCACGUCUUGAAAAAAUUGAUCGUUUGGAAAUUUUCCAGGAAUAUUUGCUGGAUCUACAAAAGGAAGAGGAGGAGCAGAAGAGGAUACAGAAGGAAGAAUUGAGAAAGGCAGAACGUAAAAACCGCGAUGAGUUCCGCAAAUUAAUGGAAGAACAUCUCACGGAAGGCACUCUUACAUUCAAAACUCAGUGGCGUGAUUACUGCAUGAAGGUGAAAGACCUAACUGCAUAUCUGGCAGUUGCAUCAAACGCCUCCGGUGCUACUCCAAAAGAUUUGUUCGAUGAUGUUGUUGAGGAACUAACGAAACAAUAUCAGGAGGACAAAACUCGAAUAAAAGAUGCAGUGAAAUUGGGAAAGGUCGUGCUUACAUCAACUUGGAAGUUUGAAGACUUCAAAACUGUUUUAUCAAAUGAUAUUGGCACUCCACCGAUAUCAGAUGCCAACUUAAAGCUAGUUUUCAAUGAGUUACUGGAACGAGUGAGGGAAAAGGAGGAGAAAGAAGCUAAAAAGCUUAAACGUCUUGCAGAGGACUUCUCUCAUCUUUUAUCUUCUAUCAAGGAGAUAACUCCAUCUUCCAAGUGGGAGGACUACAAACCACUUCUUGAAAUUAGUCAAGAGUACAGUGGCAUUGGUGAUGAGAACUUCUGCAAGGAGAUAUUUGAAAAGCAUGUAAUGCAACUGAAAGAACAAGCAAAAGAGGAGAGAAAAAGAAAGGAGGAAAAGGCAAGGAAGGAAAAGGAGAGAGAAGAAAGAGACAAAAGGAGGGCGAAACCAAGAAGGGAAAAAGAGGUGGAAUAUGAACGAGAAAACGAGGAACACAACAAGAAAGAUGGAGCAGACAAUGAAAUAGCUGAUGCAAUGGAUAUUCACGAGUCCAAAGAGAAAAAGAGGUCAGGACAUGAUGAUAAUAGGAGACAUAGGAAGCGGCAUCAUAGUGAUGAAGAUCAUGGGAAUGGAAAUGAGAAUGAUCGGUCUAGAAAAUCUCACAGAUCUAGCAGCGACCACAAGAAAUCAAGACGGCAGGAACCUGGUCCUGAAUCAGAUUCCGAAAGCAGACAUAGAAGACAUAAAAGAGAUCACCGGAAUGGUUCUCGUAGAAGUGGUGAUCGUGAGGAGCUAGAAGAUGGGGAAUUUGGCAAUGUUGGGGAAAGUCGGGUUUCAUUGUAUACACAAUACAGAGGUUGCUUCUUUUUCCGGUAGUCUUUUGUUUCUCGGGGGUGGCCGGGCCUGAGAAGAAUCACUUCCAUUUGGUUUUUCUACGGAGAACCGCCACUUCUGUGGCUUUUAGCAUUUGAAGUUGGUGUGGGACUUCUUUUCGUCUGUUGAAGCGACCUACUUCAAUGAAAAGCUAGUUGCGAGUCGCUGAAAAACAAGUUUGUUGCGGCUAACUUGAUGAGCCGUUGCCUUCAUCGAAGUUUCCUGUCUUGGGGAGCAUAUUAGCUUUCUAGUCAAUAGUGAUGCAGAAAUCAUGUAGAUUGCAAAUAAUACAAAUGGAAGAAAUGAUAUUUGAAACAUGUCGUACUCUGUUUUUCUAACUUAAUAGAUAUUGGUAGGAUUUCGUUCAAUGUUUUUAUUCAAUUUCUGUCAUUUGGUAGAUUAUAGUGAAAUUCAAAUUAUCUGAAGAUUAUACAAAUGAAAUUUUAUUUUCUUUGGAA